AUGGAUUGGAAUGAUACAUGUGCUACAUUUAUUUGGGAUUAUAAAAGAUUAGUGACUGAUUUAAUAACAGAAUGGACAUCUGAAAAUAUUCCUGAUCUUAAAAAAUUUGUACCAUAUACAUGGAAAUUUAAUAUUAAAUUUUCAGAAACUUAUUCACUUAAAUUAUUAUUAAAUGAUAAAAAUUGGAUUGAUACAUCAACAUUAGGAAAUUCUCAAAAUUUUAUUGCUUCUAUUUCUGGUGAUGAUUUGUCUUUAAAAUUUGACAUGGAAUUUAUUGACUUUUCUCCAGAUACCAUAAAAAUGAUUUAUAAUGUAACUGCACUUAAUAAUAUAUCAUUAAAACUAAAACUUCCUGAUAAUGGAUCUAGUUAUACGAUUCUCCAAUCAAUUUUACAAAAUUCAAAUUUUCAUAUAAAUGAUAAUAGAAGACCUUUUAUAAUUAAUGAUUGGGUUGAAGUAUGGCAAUGUGAAAAAAUAACAUUUUGUUUAAUUUAUGAAUAUCAUCCUUGUGAAUAUAUUUAUAAUUCUGAUAUUCCAUUUGAUAUUUUAAGUAGAUAUAAACCAAAACGUGUACAACAUCCAUCUUAUCUAAAGCCUGAUACAUUAGAUGUUUCUUUAGAUAUUUCACGUUCAAAUGUUAUAAUAUGUGGAUCAUUAAUAAAGGCUAUAUUUGAUUUGAAAAACAAUUAUUUUGGUUUUUAUGAUAUUGCUUCAGAUAUUCUUGGAGAAAAAAAUAAUCAUACAUUAAUACCAAUUGGAAGGACAUAUGAAAAUGAGCAAGUUGAUCAUUAUCGUGCUAUUGAUGUUAAAUUUAUUUUACGAGUUAAAAAUAUUACUGGUCACCUAGCAGUUUAUUGUUGUCGUGGUGAAGAUAAAAAAUUUAUGGAAACUUGUCCAAUGAUUUUUACGGAACAAGCUGCUGUAGAAUUAAUAAAAACAAGUAAAGAAUGUCAAGUUCAGGCUUUCGUUGCACCAGCAUGUGCUUAUUUCUUUCCAAAUUCAGCAUGUUCUAAAAGUAAACCAGGAUGUUUGUCUUUGUCAUCAGGUUUACAAUUUAGAGGACAAGGACUGUUUCAUGAUCUUGAUAUUCCAUGGGAAAUUGGUUGUGUUGAGUAUGGAUGGUCAAUGGAAUUAAUUUUAGGAACAUUAUAUGGUUCAUUACAAUUAACACAUUUAUUUAAAUUAAAAGUAUUUAUAGAAUCUUUAUUAUUAUUAUUUUUAAAUAAGGAUGAUGAAUUAGAACUUCCACAUAUAUAUGAUUAUUGUCAACAUUAUCAAGAUGCAUCUAAUUGUACAUUAAAUUGUGAAAAAAAUAUUGGAAUAAAAUGUUACUCUUCUGAACAACUUAAAUUUGAACUUUUUCGUUUAGGAAUUGAUAAAAUUGAUAUUAAAAUUAUUGAAAAUGAAUGUAUUUUAAAUUUAGUUACUGAAGAUGUACGUGUUGGUAUUUGUAGUAGUCAUGGAAAGAUAUAUUCACCAAAAUUAUCUGUAGAAAUACCAUACAUAACAUUAAAUCAAUUGAUUCAUCAACCAGAAUCUUCGCAUUGGUUAGAAACAGCAAGUUUAAAUAUUAUGAAAACAAAGUUUGAUAUUAAUUUACCAGUUUCAUAUACUUCACCUAAAUUUAUAGAACAAAGAAUUGAAUUUUUAAAAAAAAGUGAUAGUUUAACAAGACGUUUAUACUUUUUAUACUGUGAAGAUGAAUCUUGUGGUUGUUCUGGUAAUGCAUUUUUCUUUGGAAAAAAUGAUUUAAUUGGAAAAUCAUUUUUUGAUGAAAAUAAAAAUAAACUUGCUAUUUAUUCAAUAAAUAAAAAUGAUCAUGAACAACCAUACUUUGGGCAAAGUAUACAUAGAUAUAAUAGUGGAAUUCUUAUUCAUUGUGAGGAGGAUUAUUUUACAAAUAGAGAAUCAUUAUCUGAUGUUGUUUCUAUUAAACGUGUUGAUAGUGAAUUAUCUUUUCAUUCUACAUGUUCUGUACCAAAUCAAUCUUUUAUUUCAUUUGGACAAUAUGGUCAAUUAUUAGAUAAUUUUAUUUAUGAAUAUAAUGAUAUUAAAAUGCCAUAUUAUUUUGAACCAGGAUGGGUUGAAAUGUGGAAUACUUAUCAUCAUACAACAUUAAAAAAAUGUCAUACAGGUAUAAAAAAUGUUACAUUAAUAAAAAAAGAAAAUAAAAUUAAUCAAAAAAAUAAAAUAAAUAAGAAUAAUUUUGAUAAAGUAUAUAAUUCAUUAUAUAUUGAGGGAGAUAUUUGUAAAAAUAUUUCAUUUUUUGUAUGUCCAUUAGCUUUUAAAGGAUUUGAAAUAUUUUUAAAUCAUAUAACUGAAAUUGGAACAAAUAUUCAUCCAUUAAUAUAUAUCCAAAAUAUGUAUGAUAAAUGUAGUACAAGUAAACAUGAACAACCAUUAACAAUAUUAUCAUUAAAAUCAAAAGAACAAUUUAAAAAAACUCCAGGAAUUUUUAUUAAUCUUGGAUUACCAUCAAUUGAAGUAAAAUGUUUAAGUAAUGAAGUAGGAGGUUUAAAUGUAUCAUCAGAUAAUAAUGAUAUUAAUGCUUCAUUAUUAUUAUUAAAAAUUUGUCAUACUACUCUUAAUGGUACAACAUCUGAGGCAUGUGAAGUAUUAAAACAGGAACGUGAAUUAAAAUUAAAUAUUUUUUGGGAAUCAAUGUCAUGUCGUAUUCUUUAUCUUCUUGAUGAAGAUGGACGAGAUUUUGUAUAUAAUAAAAUUUUUCCCAAAUAUACAACAAAUUGGAGUGAAAUUUCAAAUUAUAGUAUAGGUUCAGAUAAAUGUUUACGUGUUAUAUCUGAAAUUGGUAUAAAUAAUGUAUUAUUUGAUUCUAAAAUGUAUUCACCUUUUUCAAAUCAUAAAGAUCCAUAUGCUAAAAGAGAUGAAAUUUCAAUUGAUAUAGUUAAUAUAUUUAGUACUUCUGUUUUUGGUUCACCUUUAGAAAUGGGAUAUAGUAAAGAGUUAUCAUUUUAUGAUAUUCUUUAUCCAAUGUUAAAUGAAUAUAUCAAAAAUGGUACAAGAUUUAUAAAUACAUUAAAUAAUUCUUUGGAUUCAUGUGAAAAUUGGUCUGAUUUAUGUAUUAUAAAAUGUUUUGCUGAUACUCUUGAUGAUGAUAAUGAAAAAGUAUUUAUUUUUGAAAGAGGUACCCUUAAAGAUGUUAUGACUAAUUCAAAAUAUUUAAAUUCUUGUGCUAGUUGUUGUCUUAUGUUAAUGACAUUGAAACAUUUUAAUUAUGCUAGUGAUUUAUACAAACAUAAUUAUUAUAAUGAAAUUAAAAAUAAUGAUGAUCAAUUUUUGAUAAAAGAAAAUAGAAAGAAUGCCAUUAUUGCAUUGUUAUCUCAUUGGCAAACUAUAAUAUGUUCACAUGUAACAUUAGUUGAUAAUCAUAUAGCACAUAAAUUUAAAAAAAUUUCUGGAGAAGAAGAGAUAAGUGAAUUAAAAAAUUUAAGUAAAAAUGAUGUUAAAAAUCAUGAUUCAGAGUUAUCUUCUGGACAUGUUAUUCUUGAUAUUGAUACACCCGCAACUUCACCAUCAAAAAAUGUUAGCAAUAAAAAUACUGAAUUUUUAACGGGAAAAAAUGUCUUACAUUCUGAAAGUUCAUAUAAUCGUAUGCAAAGAGAAUCUCUUGAAAAUAAUCAAUCAAUAAAAAGACCUGGUCAUUCUCGUAAUGGAUCUGCACUGAAUACAAAAGAAAUAAAUAAAGGAGAAAUGGAUCUUUAUCAUUAUGUUAAAACAGCUGCCAAUGAAUUAAAACAUAAAAAUAAAAAAAGAUUAAGUGAAACAAUAUCUAUAGAUAGUAUAGUUAAUGGUAUGGAACUUUUAUUAGAUAUAUUUUUUUGGAGUGUUUAUCAUCAAUUAGAAUUAGAAAAAUCUGUUUUUGAUGGUUUACCUAAUAAAAAAGUUCGAACAAAUAUUAAAAUUAAUCUUGAUGAAUUUAAAAUUGAGGUAGCUGAAAGAAAAGCAAGAAAAAAUAAGAAUGAUGAAGUUUUUUCUUCAAUAAGUACUCAUACAAUAUUACAAAUUAAUAACUUCCGAUCACCUGGUAAUUUUACAAUUAAUUCAAUCAGAGAUAUGCAACAAUUUAAGUUAAAUAAACUAGAUUUUUCAAUGGAAUAUGAAGCAGAAAUUGAAAGUAUUAAACUUGGAGCAGAUAUAGCAACUGUUGGAUUUACUAAUGAAAUAAUAUUUCUUAUACUUUCAUUAAUGGAAAAUAAUGAUAUUCCAGGUGAUGGUAGAAAAAGUAUUGCCAGUGUAAUGGCUACCAGUAAUAGUUUUGAUAAUAAUUGGGCAGUCUCUGUUCUUGAUAAAUUAAAUGAUUAUCAAAGAGGUCUUAGUAGAAAAAAUGUUAAGGGAAAACGUACUGCAAUUAGAAUGGAUAUUAGAGGAAUGGCUACAUUAAAAACAGUUGUUCUUGAAAGUGUUUUUAAUGAUUUAUUAUUAUCAAUACCUUUUCAUGAUAUAUCAUUAACUCAUAUUCAUACAAGAAAUGAUUUAGCAAAAGCUGAAAAUAAAGAAGUUAUACGUAGUGAUGCAAUUACAUUAAGAAUUAAAAAAGGAAAUUUACGUUUAACUGAACGUGCUGAUGCAUCAUUUAAAAAAGAAGCAAAGGAUAUUUUAACAUGUACUUUAAAAGAAUCAACAUUUAAUUUUAAACGUUCAAUUAAUUCAAUUGAUACUUAUACAGAAAAAAGUGUUAUUAAAAUAAAAUUGGGUGAUGUUAAUGGUGAUAUUCCAAUGCAUGCUCAAUUUGUUCAUGAAAUGGUUCUUAAACAUGGUCCACAACUUAAUGAACAAUUUAAUAGAUUAAGUAUUCAUCAAAUUAAACCAUCAAGUGGUAUAACUUUUUCACCCAUUCCAAUUAAUACAAUGCCGGAUGGUUCAAAUAAUACUGCUAUUGAAGAGUCAUAUCUUGGUCCUAAAAAUUCAUUUGGUAUAGAUGAUGUAAAUAAAGUAACAAUAAAAAGAGAAAAAAAUCAACAAUUGUCUAAAAAACGAGCUUGGAGAUUUAUUGUUGAUUUUGAUGUUAAAUUAUCAACUAUUCUUUUAAAUGCUAGACUACUUCCGUCACUAAAUACACAAUAUAAGUUAAGUAGAGCCUCAGCAAAUGGAACAAUAGGAAAAGAUAUUAAUUUUGAGUUAAAAAUUUUUGAACAUGGAAUGUUAUUUGAAGUUGUUAAUACAAAUAUUAAUGAUACGAAUGAAUAUAGUGAUACAUUUGCUUUACCACUUCCACAUAUUUAUGUUAAUGGUAAUCAACAAUCAUCUACAGUAAAUGAAUUAUUAUCAAAUAAAACUACUGUAACAUCAAAUCUUACAUUAAAAGAAGGUAAUUAUUAUGAUAUAACAAUUGAAGUUGGAAAAAUAGAACAUUCAUUUAGUACAGAUCUUUUAAAUCAAAUUUUAUUUGCUGAACAAAGUUUUAGAAGUGAAUUAACACAUGUAUUAAAAAGAAUAUCUAAAUUAAAAAUGCAACCAUCAGAUGAAGUUAUAUCUAAUCCAAAUAAUACUUCAACACAAUCUAAUCCAGCUCUUUUUAAUAUAAAUGUUAAAGGUGAAGGAAUUCCUUGGUUUCAAUUAACAGCAUCAACUCCAACAUCAACUGCAAUACGUUUUACUCUUGAUAAUCCAACUUUAACAUUAACAAAUAGAUAUAAAAUAGCUCUAGAUACUUCAAAUAAAAUGACAAAUCCAUGGAUUGGAAGAGCUAAAGUUCAAGUUAAUGUUAAACUUGGACAAUUUUAUAAAAAUGCUAUGUUUGAGGAAGUUGAUAGUGAAUUACAAGAACUGGCAACAUUUAUGACACAAAUUAGUGCACAAAAUGAGGAAAUAACUUUAAAUUCUCCAAAUAAUUAUGUUUUUUCUUUAAAUCGUCCAAUAUUAUAUAUUAAAUCUACAGCAAUUGAUAAAGCAAUUCUUCUUUGGUUAAAUUAUAAAAAUACAUAUGAUUUUUGGAGAAAAGAGAGAGAUAAAUUUUAUAGUUCUACAGUUGAAGAAAAAGAUGAAUAUGAUAUUUUAAGAAAUGAUAUUAAUGAAACACAAUCAAGUGAUAUGAAUUUAAAUUUAUCAUUAUCAAUUCAAAAUGGUUUAUAUAUUUGUAUGCCAUUAUACUCAACUGAUUGUAAUGAUAAUUUAUCAGCACUUUUAGUAUCAUUACAACGUUCUGAAAUUACUGUUAGUAUAAAAAAAGAAUUAGCAUGUGCAGCUGAUUUUAAUUCAUUUAAAAUAUCAUUUAUUGAAAAUUUUGAUGAACAUUCAUUGUCUGAUUCAUGGCUUGAAAAAAAUACAGGUGAUUCAAAUCAUUCAAAUUUUUGUUAUUUUCCUCAUGGAAGUUAUAAAUUAUUUUCUUCUGCAUCAAAACCAAAAGAAGAAAAUGAAAGAGCUAAAUGGAUUCUUAGUAUUAAAAGUCAUAUGAAAGGAAUGACAAUAGAUUUUAGUGAUAAGAUAGGAAAAUUUUUAUCACUUUUAACACAAACAUUUUCUAAUUUUGGAAAUAAUGAUGAUUUAGAUUAUCAUCCAGAAGAUAAUUCUGGUUAUGUUGAUGAAGAGAUAAAUGCUGAUUUAUCAGAUUCAGAUGAAGAAUUUUAUAGUUUAGGUGAAGGUGAAGAUCGUACUAGGUGGUUGGAAAGAAAAAUGCAUCAAAAAAGUAUACUGGUAACUGAUUUAAUGCAAUGUCGUUUAGAUGAAAUAAAAAUUGAACAUGAAAGAAGAAAACUUCAUAAAUUAGAAUUAGCUAAAUUUAAACAAUUUAGAAAAUCUGUUGUUGAAAAAAUUAAAAGACGUGCUGGUGGUAAAAAAAGUUUAACAAAAAAUUCUUCCUAUACAUCUCAGAAAGACUUUAGGGGUACGAUAAUAAAUGAUAAAUAUAAACAACCACAAACAUAUGGUAAUUUUACAAACAUUGAAAAUGAAAAUAAAAAAGAUGUAAAUUAUAUGGUUGAAGAUAAUGAAAAAAUUGAUAUGUCUAUUGAUGUUCAACUUAAUAUUGAAUCUGGGCAAUGUAUUUUAAGAUGUAAUCCUAUGAAAUUACCCUCAUCUAAUAUAAAUCAAACUACAAAUAAAUUACCAAUGAAACCAUCUACAAAAAAUCUUAAUCAUUUAGUUUCAAAUACACAAGAAGAUAAACAUUCAAUGAAAUUAGCAAUUCCAAGUGUUGGAGUAAAAGUUUUUUAUACAUCAAAUGACCCAUUAACAAGUAAACCUUCAGACAUUGCUAAAAUAUUUAAAGAUGAUGUUAAAGGAAAAAAGUCACAUAAAAAUGGAUGUUUUUAUUUGGCAUUAGAGUUAGCUCAUAUGCCUCAAGAGACUAUUGUUACACCACUAUUAGCAGAUUAUCUAGAGCAAGUUAUUGAACCAUUACCACAACAUUUUUUUGAAUCGUCAUCUACAGCACAACAUUCAGAUGUUUUGUCUGAUGGUAUGCCAAUUGUUGCUAUUGAUACUUCCGGUUUGCCUUUAGAUGUUUUAUUCCAUUUAAAUGUCCAAUCAUCAACUAUAAGAUUUGAGGGACAACAAGUUAAAAAUAAUGCAGCAGAUUGUCUUUUAACUCUUCCCCGAUUAACAUUAAUGGUUUCCACACGCAAAUAUAAUGAACUUGAUAGAACUGUAGCUGGUAUUCAUAUUUCUGCUAUGUUAUCUAAUUUUUCUUUAAGUAUUUAUAGCCCUCAUCAACAAUCAACAUCUCAUGAUGCUUUAUCAUUAGGUUUAGAUUCAUUGUCUGUUUGUAUAUCUAGAACAAAAAAUCCUCCAACUCCUGAAGAACCAAAUCGUAUUCAAUUAGUUAUUACAACAACAAUUGGUUUGGCAAAUUUUAAUUAUGAUUUAAGAAGAUUAAGUGAACUUUUAGCAUUUCCAAAACCAUGGUAUAGAAAAAUACUUGUUAAAAGAAUUUUCUUAGGAGAGUAUGCUGUUAAUUUAAAUGAUAAACAAUUUUCUUCUUCAACAAUAAAUCUUCCUACAGAACGAUUACCAUCAACAAAAGAAAUAAAAAAUAAUGAUGAAAAUAUUAAUAAACAUAUUGAUUCAAAAGUUAAAUUUGUUGCUUCUGCUGUAUAUUCACUUCAAUGGAAAGAAUUAAAAGUUAAAGCACAAAUGUCAAAUACUAUGGGUAAUACAGAAUGGAAUGCAUUAAAAGGUACUGUACGUGGUAACUUUGAUAUAAAUUCUGAUGGGCAGAGAAAAUUUAACAUAAUGUUUAAAUUAGACUCAUCAAUGUUGCAAGCAAAUGGUGGAGCUAUAUCAGGAAAUAUUGGAAUAAAUAAAUUACUCAUUGCAUUAAAACAUGGAAAAGAAGAAAAUAAACCACCAAAGAAUUGCUUAAAAUUACAAUUAGGCUUUUUUGAAAGUCAAAUUGAAUGGAUGAGUAGGACAAUUUUUGUUGGUAGAUUUACUGAGCCACAAAUUGAUAUUAAUGAUGAAUGGAAGACAGAAUAUGAUGUUUAUGAUGAAGAAACAUCACAAUCUUUUUGCUUUGUCAACAUAGCUGGUGCAUGGAAAGAUUUACAAAUGAUUAUAACUAAAAACACAAUAGGCGACUUUAUCAAAAUAACAUCUAAACUUCAUAGUUUUUUUAAUGAACAAUUAAGUAGUAGUCGUUUUGUAUGGGGUAGUGAAUAUGAUUUAGGAAAAUUAUAUGAUGAUCAAUCUAAUGAUAAUAUUUCAUUUUCUGAUUCUGAUAAUUGUAGUUCAUCAGAUGACUCCUCAGAGGCAUCUUUUGCAUAUUCUACCAAAAGAUAUUGGCAUAAAAUAAUGGAUAUAUUAACACUUCUUCAAUUACAAAAACCUAAUUUAUUAUCAUUUCCAAUAAAAAGUGAUGAUGGAACAAUUAUUGGUGGUACUAUUGAAUUAGAUGCACAAAAAGCAAGUGUUGCUUGUAUGCAUGGUGAUAUGAAUGCAACUGAAUGGGCAUUAUUUCAUUUAAGUGAAGUUGGUGCUUUCUUUAAAACAUGGACAAAAUGUUGUUUUAUGGAUAAUGAAGGAACAGAAACGGGUAUAAAUAUUGAACAAAAAUUAGACUUAAAAUUGGGUAAUCAUGGUAUUCAUGGAAUGUCUAUAAGUGAAUGUAAAGGACUUGUUUGUCGUGUUCAUCAAGCAAGAAAUUUUAAUCUUGAUAAUAAUUCAACAAUAAGUUUUUGUUUAAAAAGUAUUAUAGAUGAUUCAUUAAGAAAUACUUCAUUACAUUUUCCUGAUAAAAUGGAAUCAAAAUAUAAACAUAAAGUUGUUGAAAUGUUUAUAUUACCAGCUUUUGAAGCUGUCCUUAAUACUGUACAAAAACAACAUUCUAAAAAAUCUCAUGAUACUAAUCAAGUUGUUGAUUGUUCAUUUAUAUGUGAUUUUCAUGAUUUAGUUUCACUUUUACCGGAUCCAAAUUCUCAAUUAGGUUUUCUACCAAAAUUAAUUCAAUCAUAUAAAAUUGACGAUUCUGACCAACAAAAUGGUGAUAAAAAUAUUAAUAAUCCUAAAGAUACAUCAAAAGAAAAUACAAAAGAUCCAAGAAUAUAUGAAUGUCAUACAUGGCAUGUCGAUCCAAGACUUCAAUUUUUAAAUACAAAUAGAUCAAAAUGGAAUUCUCCAGUUAUAGAUGAUAUCUUGAAAAUGCUAAAAAUAUAUGACUAUAGAAAAACGAUACCUAAAUUUUUACAACGAGGAGUUCUUGAUAAUGCAGAUGUUGUAAUUGCUAUUCUUAUAAAAGAAAUUCUUUAUUUGGCAAAGAAAGAUUAG